UUAGAUAUGUAAAUACAUAAGGAUUGAGUGAUAUGUAUGGGAACCUUCCGAUUAUUUUAUAAGUAGCCAAAACUUUGGUUCAAAUUUCCCCAAAGGUGGUAUUUUGCCCACGCCCAGCAUUCAAGAGAGCUCUCUAAUGGCAGGCCAACCAACCGUAGAUGACCCCAAAGCGCCUCUCCUCCCUCUCCAAAAUCCUCCUCCCAACUCCAUCCACUCCUUCAAAUCAAUCCUCAACAAAAGCAAUUUCUGCAUACUCUUAGGACCAUUGUCAUGCUUUCUCAUCUUCUUCUUCGUCGAACUCGACAACGGUCGGCAAUCCAGCCGCAACAUGCUGGCUGUACUCACCUGGGUCUUCCUUUGGUGGAUCACCGGAGCCGUUCCCAUGGCGGUGACCUCCAUGACCCCUCUCUUCCUCUUCCCACUCUUCGGUCUAGCCAAAACCGACGAGGUUGCAAAGUCAUACAUGGAUGAUAUCAUAGCCCUCGUGCUCGGCAGCUUCAUCCUCGCAUUGGCUGUUGAGCACUACAACAUCCACCGUCGCCUCGCCCUCAAUAUAACUUCAUUGUUCUGUGGGGAUCCCGUGAAUCCUCAUCUCCUAUUGUUCGGGAUAUGUGGCACAUCGGCUUUUGUGAGUAUGUGGAUGCACAACACGCCGGCUGCGAUGUUGAUGAUUCCGGUGGCAACGGGAAUGCUGCAGCGGUUUCCGACAGGGGAAGAGGUUCAUCCUGAAGUGAAGAAGUUUUGCAAGGGGGUGAUAUUGGGGGUUAUAUAUGCGGUGGCGGUUGGCGGCAUGAGCACUCUAAUCGGCACAGGUGUAAAUCUGAUAUUAGUAGGGAUGUGGGAGAGCUACUUUCCUGAGGGGAAACCUAUCAGCUUCAGCUCAUGGUUUCUCUUUGGCUUCCCUUUGGCUCUGCUCAUUUUCUUUGCAUUGUGGGGAAUUCUGUGUUUGUUUUACUGCUCCAAGGGAUCUGCUAAGGUGCUUUCAUCUUACUUGCACAGAGAGCAUUUGAGGAAAGAGCUUGAAUCUUUGGGACCUAUGGCUUUUGCUGAGAAAAUGGUUCUGGCUGUGUUCGGGGUACUUGUGCUCCUAUGGAUGACCCGAAGCCUAACAAAUGAUGUUCCCGGCUGGGGGUCCCUCUUCGAUGGAAGAGUGGGCGAUGGAACUGUCAGUAUAAUGAUGGCCACAAUGCUUUUUAUCAUUCCAAACAAGAAAAACGUGGGGGAGAAACUCAUGGACUGGAACAAAUGCAAGAAGUUACACUGGGAUGUCAUACUCCUAUUAGGUGCAGGUUUUGCAAUUGCUGAUGGAGUCAGGACAAGUGGCCUUACUGAUGUCCUCUCAGAGAACCUCAAGUUCCUCAACGCCGCGCCGUACCUCGCCGUCGCGCCGCUGGUCUGCCUUGUGAGCGCUACCAUCACCGAAUUCACGUCGAAUAACGCCACCACGACGCUGGUCAUCCCCCUUCUAAUUGAUCUUGCUCAAUCAAUGAAAUUGCAUCCUUUAUUACUCAUGGUCCCUGGAGCUAUAGGAGCACAAUUCUCCUUCUUGCUCCCUACAGGCACACCUUCUAAUGUAGUGGGGUUCACCACUGGUCACAUUGAGGUUAAGGACAUGAUCAAAAUUGGAAUUCUUUUGAAGGUUGCAGGUAUUGCUGCUGUGUCGCUGCUGAUGCCAACAUUAGGUGCGUUUGUUUUUGAGACGGGUAAUAAGUUUUAAGGGCGGUAUUUAUGAAUCCUCUUGAAUCUGCUCCAAUCACUGAGACGCAUAGGUUUUACUGAAGGAUGGAUGUUGUUUUGUUGGUGCUGUUGAAGAGAGCUUUGAAGUUGUUUGUGUGUAUAUUUUAUUGGUUUCAGAAGGGUUGCUGAGGACCCUCUUCAUUUAUAGUUUGUAAUGCUAUAUAUACAAGAGCAGCGGUUGUGAUGA